UCAAUCUGCAAUAUUCAUAGUCGAAAGUGUCUGGAAGUUUUGGUGAAAAUUUAGAGGUGCAAGGUGGGUGGGAGAAUGAGUCUGAUUAGAAAUGAUUACUGGGCAUUCUUUCAUCUUAAAAUGACCAAGUAAAAUUUCUAAAACUACUUACAGCUCUUUGAAAAUAUAUACAACUGUAAGGCCAUUCGGCUAGUUAAUUCUUGUUCUAAAGUAUUGUUGACUAAUAGGUAAGCCAAGAGAAUUUUGCUUCCUAAAAUAAAAGUCUCUCAAAUUGCACUUGUUUUGCUAAAGUUCAGUUUGACAUUUUUAAGUACUGUUGAAAUAUUUUCAUCAUGAUUAAUUUUCCAAGUAACAGACUAACAGAGACAAUCGUGUUCUAAAGUAGUCAGGUUAUUAUCGUUUUGUUAUGAGCCUCAAAUUGUCAUUGUAAAAUUUUGGCCGGCUUUCUUCUUGCCAUUUGCAAUAUACCUUUCUUGGAUUUCUAUCUCUAAACCAUUUUUGACAUUCAAUUUUGCGGUAUCAGUUGUGGGUGUUCAGGUACAGUAUGUGUUACCUGAAAAGGCACUGAAGGAAUAGAAUGGCCAGGGUUAUUGAAUGAACAUCUAAGUUUCUUAUGUUAAGAAUUCUGUGCUUCUUUGUAUACAUUUGGGUGAAAUGUCAGAGUCAAGAGUGAAAGAUCUUUCAAAUAACCUAGUUACUGAUAUCUCUGAAUUUGUGAAAAUGGUUACCUUUGCUGAAACUAGUAGGAUUUUCUCCACAUUUAACCAUUUCCUUUUUGUUUAUUUUUAUGGCUACGGAAAUUACAACCUCAUGUUGUUUAAGACAAAUAGUGUUCUACCGUAUAUAUUAUAAAUGUAAUUAAAUAUUUUUUCCCCCUUGAAGGUGGAAGCAAAAUGACACAGAUAUUGAUUUUACCAUGAGUUACCACUACAGGUUGGAUGGAGGCAGUUUGGCAAUCAGUAGCCCCCCCACAGCUCAAGACAUCGGCACGUACCAGUGCCUAGCCACCAAUCCUCUGGGGACAAUUCUGAGUCGGAAGGCGAAGCUCCAAUUUGCAUAUAUUGAAGAAUUUGAAACUAAAACAAGAAGCACAGUGUCUGUCCGAGAAGGUCAAGGUGUGGUGCUUCUCUGUGGUCCACCGCCACACGUUGGAGAUUUAUCUUACGCAUGGACCUUCAAUGACAACCCUUUAUAUGUCCAAGAGGACAACAGGCGGUUUGUAUCUCAAGAGACAGGAAACCUGUACAUUGCCAAAGUGGAACCAUCAGAUGUGGGCAACUACACUUGCUUUAUAACAAACAAGGAAGCCCAGAGAAGUGUGCAAGGACCACCCACUCCAUUAGUGCAGCGCACUGAUGGUGUGAUGGGGGAGUAUGAACCAAAGAUUGAAGUGCGUUUUCCUGAAACAAUACAAGCUGCAAAGGAUUCAUCUAUAAAACUGGAAUGCUUUGCCCUUGGAAAUCCAGUCCCUAAUAUUAGUUGGAGGAGGAUGGAUGGAAGCCUGUUGCCAGGGAAAGUCAAGUACAGCAAAUCCAAAGCUAUCCUUGAAAUCCCGAACUUUCAACAGGAAGACGAAGGCUUCUAUGAGUGUACUGCAGGCAACCUUCGAGGAAGAAACAUUGCAAAGGGUCAACUCAUUUUCUAUGCCCCUCCAGAAUGGGAACAAAAAAUCCAAAAUACGUACUUGUCUAUAUAUGACAGCUUGUUUUGGGAAUGCAAAGCUAGUGGAAAGCCAAGCCCUUACUACACAUGGUUAAAGAACGGUGAGCGUCUCAACCCAGAGGAAAGAAUUCAAAUAGAAAAUGGGACAUUAAUCAUAACGAUGCUGAAUGUAUCAGAUUCUGGUAUCUACCAAUGUGCUGCAGAAAACAAGUAUCAGAUCAUUUAUGCAAAUGCAGAGUUGAAAGUAUUAGCUUCAGCUCCCAAUUUCUCCAAAAAUCCUAUUAAAAAAGUUUCAGUUGUUCAAGUUGGUGGGGAUAUUUCUAUCGAAUGCAAGCCCAUCGCUUUUCCCAGGGCAGCAGUCUCCUGGAAAAGAGGAACAGAGAACUUGAGACAAAGUAAAAGAGUGUUUCUCAUAGAGGAUGGCAGCCUCAAGAUAUAUAAUGUUACCAGGUCGGAUGCUGGAUCAUAUACUUGCAUAGCCACAAAUCAGUUUGGGGUUGCUAAGAGCACUGGAAGCCUGGUUGUAAAAGAGAGGACCGUUAUUACCAUUCCACCUUCCAAAAUGGAUGUUACAGUUGGUGAGAGUAUAGUGCUACCAUGCCAGGUGUCCCAUGACCCCUCCAUUGAAGUUGUAUUUGUAUGGUCUUUCAAUGGAGAUAUUAUAGACUUAAAAAAAGGAGUUACUCAUUUUGAAAGGAUCGGAGGAGAAUCUGCUGGAGAUUUGAUGAUAAGGAAUAUUCAGUUAAACCAUUCAGGAAAAUAUAUGUGCACUGUACAAACAACUCUAGAAAUUUUAUCUGCUGUAGCUGAUAUCAUUGUUAGAGGUCCACCCGGUCCCCCAGAGGAUGUGAGAGUGGAACAUAUUUCCAGUAGUACUUCUCAACUCAGCUGGAGACCAGGCCCAGAUAAUAACAGUCCCAUUCAAAUAUUUACUAUUCAGACUCGAACACCAUUUUCUUUGGGUUGGCAGGCUGUUUCUACAGUUCCAGAAAUUCUCAAUGGUAAAACAUACAACGCAACAGUGGUUGGUUUGAGCCCUUGGGUGGAGUAUGAAUUCCGUGUUGUUGCUGGCAACAGCAUUGGGAUUGGAGAACCAAGUAAACCAUCAGAAUUGUUAAGAACCAAAGCAUCAGUCCCAGUCAUGGCACCAACAAACAUCAACGGAGGUGGAGGAAGUCGGUCUGAACUUGUCAUUACGUGGGAGUCAAUUCCAGAAGAACUACAGAAUGGUGAGGGAUUUGGAUAUAUCGUCAUGUUUCGGCCAGUUGGCUCAACAACCUGGACCAAGGAAAGAGUGCUUUCUGUGGAAUCAUCAAGGUUCAUUUACAGAAAUGAAAGCAUCAUUCCCCUCUCUCCCUUUGAAGUCAAAGUGGGCGUAUAUAAUAAUGAAGGAGAAGGAUCCCUGAGUACCGCGUCCAUUGUCUACUCUGGGGAAGAUGAACCUCGAAUGGCCCCGAGAGGAACUUCUGUCCAGAGUGUUUCUGCUUCUGAAAUGGAGGUUUCCUGGAAUGCUAUUGACUGGAAUAGAAACACUGGACGAGUGUUGGGCUAUGAGGUGUUAUACUGGACAGAUGACUCCAAAGAAUCCAUGAUUGGUAAAAUUAGAGUUAGUGGAAAUGUCACAGUCAAAAACAUCACAGGGCUGAAGGCAAAUACACUCUACUUUGCUUCUGUGAGAGCUUACAAUACUGCUGGAACAGGGCCCUCAAGCACCCCUGUCAAUGUCACCACCAAAAAGUCUCCUCCAAGUCAACCACCAGCAAAUAUUGCCUGGAAACUGACAAACUCUAAAUUAUGCUUGAACUGGGAGCAUGUAAAAACCAUGGAAAAUGAGUCUGAAGUAUUGGGCUACAAGAUUCUGUACCGGCAAAACAGACAAAGUAAAACUCAUAUAUUGGAAACAAACAAUACAUCAGCCGAGCUUCUGGUUCCAUUUGAAGAAGAUUACUUGAUUGAAAUAAGAACAGUCAGUGAUGGUGGGGAUGGAAGCAGCAGUGAGGAAAUUAGGAUUCCAAAAAUGUCAAGUUUAAGUUCCAGAGGAAUUCAAGUCUUAGAACCUAGCGUCCAUUUUCUGCCAGUUGUACUUGUGACUUUUUACUCUUUUGCUAUUCAGUCACUUAUAUGAUGAAUGAAACCAUAAGUCUUUGAGAGAUUUUUGAAAACAAAAUAUUCUCUGUAAAUAAGAUCUCUAGACCCCAGUCUCAAGACACACUCUUAAUACAGACUUGUUUGGAAAGAAAUAAAAUGUAUAUUAUUAAGAUCUUGUAAAUAUCUACGGUACAUCAAUAAAACAAUUUUAAACACUUUUGAAUUUUAAAGUUCACACAUGAUUACAUAUGUUCAAAAGGUGCCAAAUUACUAGUGGAG